AAUUACAGAAUGGACUUCUGGAUUCUUGCAAUCAGAAUUAUUUUCUUAUCACAAACUACAAUUGGAAUUCUGGGGAAUUUCAUUCCUAUAUUCUACUAUCUAGUCCUUUACUACAGAGAAUGCACAUUAAAGCCCACAGAUUUGAUUCUCAUGCACCUAAUGGCAGCCAAUGCAUUGAUCAUUCUCUCUGCAGGAGUAUCUCAUACAAUGGCAGCUUUUGGGUUUAAACAGUUCUUGAAUGAAUUUGGAUGCAGGCUCCUACUAUUCAUUCAAGCAUUUGGCCGUAGUGUAUCCAUUGGCAUCACCUGUCUCUUAAGUGUUUUCCAGGCCAUGGUCAUCAGACCCAGGGAAUCCUGUUGGAAGAAUCAUAAAGUCAAAACUGUAAAUCACAUUGGAUGCUCCAUUUCCCUCCACUGGAUCUUCUUCAUGUUCAUAAAUUUCAUUUUCUUUCUGUACCCAUUUAUCAAACUUAAUAGCAAAAACAUGACAAGAAAACGAGAUUUUGUAUUCUGCUCUAUUUUAGGGCGUGAUGAAAUCAGUGACUCUCUCUAUGUAGUAUUGCUGGUGUGUCCUGAAGUCUUCUUUGCUGUUCUCAUUGCCUUGUCCAGUGGCUCCAUGAUUGUCUUUCUGUACAGACACAGGAAGAGGGUUCAACACAUCCACAGUUCUCAUGGUUCCAGCAGAAUUUCUCCUGAGUCCAGAGCCACCCAAAACAUCCUGGUCCUGGUGUCUACCUUUUUGUUUUUUUAUACACUCUCCUCCAUCUUACGAGGCUGCAUUGCUCUUUUGCAUAAUCACAAUUGGUGGCUGGUGAACAUCACUCCGCUCACUUCUCUGUGUUUUCCAUCUUUUGGACCCUUUGUUCUUAUGAAUCAUUAUUCCAUUCUGUCAAGGCUUACUUUGAUAUGGAUCAGGAAUAAAAAUAAUUUAAUCUUAUUUAAAGUACAUUAA